AUGGAUCACUGUGAAUAUAAAGCGUCAACUCCGUAUGCAGUUAAUUUAUACAGCGAAGAAGCUAUAUCUCUUGAGAAAGAAAAUGAUAAUCUAAGAUCAAUUAUUAAAAAAUUAGAGAAGCGAAGAGAUUUUAAGGAUCCAACCACCAGCAUAAAAAUUGACUUAGAUAAAUUUCAAAUGAUUUUCGCUAAGCAAACUCGGUCAAUAUUCUGCGGUCCUACUUCCAUUAGGGUUUUUUUACAGAAUCUGAUGGCGAGGGAUUAUUACAUGUCGAAAUACAAAUUAGUCAAAGAACAAAGAAAAGACUGGAAGUUUAUGCAUAGGCCAAAAGCGGUUCAGUCCAAUAGUCUUAAAUAUGCAAUAUCCGUAGAUGUUUUGAUAGAACUAGAAAGCUUUUUACCAGAAUACUCGAUAUUGUUAGAAUACAUAACGCAAUUUUUUAAUGGUUUCUGGUUCAGAUUUUUGCCUAUUGUUGAUCGAGAUGACGUUUUACGAACUUUUAGAACUCAUUUUAAUUUAUCCCAUAGCAAUUUGAGAUAUCAGAUUGUUCUGCCAGAAAAUUCACAAGGCUUUGCCAAUCUAGCCUUAUUGUUGACAAUCUUUAAAUUUUCUCUAAAUUCAAAUUCACAUCUGUAUAGCGAAAGUUUCAACAAAUUUGAAGAUGAGAAUGAUAUACUAUUGGAGUUUAUUACAAAGCUAUUGGAUCACGCUCAGUAUUUGGUGAAGACUACUUUGCCAUCCCUACAGACGCUCUUUAUGUUACGUAUUUUUAGAAUGUUUAAUAUAAAGGAUGGUGAUGGGGGUGAUGGAAGCAAUGGUAAUAUAACUUUUGCAAUAUGCUUCGAAAUGGGAAUCACAUUGGGUCUACAUCAAAACAUAGAUAGAUUAUAUUACAAAAAGUCAGACAAUAGUAGACGUAUUUUGAAGAAUGUUUGGAAAUACUUGCUUUAUUAUGAUGCUAUUAACUCAUUUAGUCUAGGCGUACCUUUGCAUCUUUCAGAUGAAUACUUGAGAAAGCAAUUCUUGGAUAAUGAUGAUAAACUUGUUAAAACCAUCUUCAUGAUGAGAAAUCACUUAAAUAUCAUCUUGUCACCAAACUUAACUUAUUACGAUAUUGUGAAUUCUUUGGAGGAUGUACAAAGCUUUGUCUACCGAACUUUUAAAUCAUCAUUUGACUUAAUAAAAGAUUUUGGGGUUACUUUUAGUUUCGACACUUCGUCUGAUAUAAUACUAGAGUUCUUCUUAUCAAAUAAUUUACUUGCAAUGAUUCAGCACGGGUACUCCUUAUUGUUUUACGUUUUGAAAGACACAAAUAAGGAACUUAGCAAUAGGUCACAUAAUCUUGCAACCAAGUAUACAAUUUUAUUGCUUAUACCAUAUGUUGAGUUCAUUAAGAAAGCGAAGCUUUUAGAUUCUGGAAUUUAUUCGAGAGCAACUAGAAAUGAGGUUUAUACUUUUUUUAUGGGCAUGGAAAAUAAAUGGCGAGCCAUAGUGUUUUGCUUUUUCUCGCUUAUCACCGUCAUGAAGUCUGAGAAGAAAAAUAUCGACAGAAACUCAACACAUAAUGACUUUGUUUUACGUUUAUCUGAGCUUGUACUUAAUGAGAAAGAAAACCAGAAUAUAAAGGAUGAGGAAUACGGAGUGACAAAAAAUUCCAUAUUGCUAAUGAAGGUAAUAACUCGUUUUAUUGAUACUUUGAUAUUUUUGGAUACUAAUGGUGAAAAAGAACCAGGAAAGCUUUUAAAGUAUAUUAAUAAUUACAGUUUGUUUGUCAUAAAUGCUUUAGUGAGCAGUUUUAAAUUAUUUUUUAAGCAAGAGUCUACUCUUAAAUUUAUUCUGGAUUUUGAUCAAAUAAAAAUGGAUAUUAUAUAUGAUAGCAUGGAGGAAACAUAUCCAAGUUAUGCGCAUAUCAAAUCAUCAUUUGAUCCUUUGUCAAUAGUAAAUUUUUUUGAGGAAGAAAUGUUUGAAUAUUUCAAAAAUGAUUUUUUCGCGGUUGAAAUUCAAAACUUCAUAGAGAUGUAA